AUGGACAGAUCAGAGAUUGAGGAGCUGGCGGACCUAUACACAAUGCGUGCCCAAGCCAAAGUGGCACUAGGAGACUUGGAUGGAACAAUUGAAGACUGCUCGCAUGCAUUACAGCUCAAUGAACGAGUCCCAUUCUGCUGGGCCGCCCGGGCGGAAGCGAAGCGUCUGCAGGGCAAGCUCAGCGAAGCCGUGGCAGAAGCCAGCGAGGCACUGCGCUUGGACCCCUUGAACGUGUCAGCCUACAUCACCCGAGCAAAGGCCAAGCUUAAAGCAGGUGAGAUGCAAUUCGUGGUCACGGACUGCAGCGAAGCAUUGGCACUGGACUUGCAUCAAGCCACUGCGUGGUCCACACGAGCGGCGGCCAGGCUGGACCUUGGGGAUGUUGCCGGGUCUUUGAGCGAUGCACGAAGUGCAAUCAACUUGGACGGAGAAGAUGUGGAUGGAUGGUGUGCUCUAGGUGGAGCCCAUCUCGACAGCAAGGACAUGGUGGCCGCUGUUGAGGCGUCCAGCAAGGCGAUUGGCCUGGACCCAAGCUGUGCCCGAGCAUGGUUCAACAGGGGCUGUGCGCGAGCUGAUCUGGAGGACCUAGAUGGUGCGCGGCAAGACUUCGACGAGGUGGUACGGCUUUGGCCGGAAAGCUUCAUGGCCUUCACUUACCGCGCCCAUAUCCGGCUGAAGCAGCAGGACCUCGAAGGUGGCCUUCAGGACUGUGAGCAGGCGCUGCAGCUGGACAAGCGGCUCGUCAAAGCCAUGUGCACUCAAGCCCAGAUCAAGCGGAUGACUGGUGACCUGAAAGGAGCCGUGUCCGACGCAUCAACCGCGUUGAAGUAUGAUCCAGACUGCGCUGCUGCCUUCUCCAUCCGCGGGCAGGCGUAUUCAAAGAUGGAGAAGCAUGACAAGGCCGUUCAGGACUGUCAGCGAGCCAUUAAACUUGACCCGCCAACCCUUGAGACUCCCAUGUUGGCGUGGCGCCAUGCUUGUGCUUCCGACCCUAUUCCAACACCCAUGACUGUGUGGGAGUUUCAAGCUCUGGCUGCCAGGAUGAAGCAAGAAGCGAAGGCCCAAGCAGCAGCAGAGGCGGCCGAGACAUGGGCAAAGAAGGCCAAAGCUGCAGCUGCCAAGAAAGCCCAGGAAGAAGCCUUGCCACUUGUUUGA